UACCUGUGCAAUGUGCAUAUAUAGUGGUGCAUAGUUAUAGAAUGCAUAGUGAACAACUGUGAACAACUGCAAUUGCAAGCCUUAUUCUUCCCUUACAUUUAAGACAUUAUACGUUUUUUUUAUAUUUUUUAAUUAUAUGUUAAAAUGCGUGUUAUAGACAAUACGAGUUCAUCUGAUAUUUUAUGUUCCGUAGAAAAUGGAAUGUUAAAAGUAGUACUAAAUCGUCCGAAAAAACGAAAUGCCAUCACAGGAUCUGUACGUUUAUUAAUAUAUGUNNNAUACAAAUCCAUUCAUAAUAGUAACAUAUAUGUGGUAGUUGUAACUGGUACUGGAAAGUUUUUUAGCAGUGGAAAUGAUUUCACUUCUUUUUUAAUAAAUGCAGAUGGUAAUGACCUUGAAAAAACAGUGAGCACAGUCUUCAGGGAUUUUAUUAAUAUUUUAAUCACAUAUCCUAAGCUUUUAAUAGCUGUAAUAAAUGGCCCAGCCAUUGGUGUUGGAGUGACAAUGCUAGCAUUAUUUGAUAUGGUAUAUGCAUCACACGAGGCUUAUUUCCAAACUCCUUUCACAAGAUUAGGUUUGAUGGCAGAAGGAUGUUCAACAUAUACAUUCCCUAAAAUAUUCGGCAAGUCGAAGGCUGGUGAUAUGUUAUACUUGGGCUACAAAAUGAAUGCACUGGAAGCUAAACAGUAUGGCUUUGUUAGUGAGUUAUAUAAAUCUGAUCAAAUGGAUGAAGUUUGGAGAUAUUUAGAAACUCUGUCUAAACUCUCUUCAGAGUCUAUACUGGCAAUUAAACGUCUAGUCAAUAAAUGGGACCAAAAGAUUCUAUUGGAAGUUAAUGCACAAGAAUCGAUCGAACUAUUAGAACGCGUUCAGUCUUCGGACUUCAUCGAAAGAGUGAAGAAUCUUAUGUUUACUAAAAGUAAUAUGUAAAUAGUUUAUGGAAAGACAAUUUGUUGUAGUUAACGGGAAAUAAAUAUUUUGUUACAGAUUUAA